AUGAGCCUGAAAAAGCCGGAGAGCGGCCCAAGCCCCUCCAUCCCUCGCAACCCAUCCAUCCCUCUCAACCCAUCCAUCCCUCUCAACCCAUCCAUCCCUCUCAACCCAUCCAUCCCUCUCAACCCAUCCAUCCCUCUCAACCCAUCCAUCCCUCUCAACCCAUCCAUCCCUCUCAACCCAUCCAUCCCUCUCAACCCAUCCAUCCCUCUCAACCCAUCCAUCCCUCUCAACCCAUCCAUCCCUCUCAACCCAUCCAUCCCUCUCAACCCAUCCAUCCCUCUCAACCCAUCCAUCCCUCUCAACCCAUCCAUCCCUCUCAACCCAUCCAUCCCUCUCAACCCAUCCAUCCCUCUCAACCCAUCCAUCCCUCUCAACCCAUCCAUCCCUCUCAACCCAUCCAUCCCUCUCAACCCAUCCAUCCCUCUCAACCCAUCCAUCCCUCUCAACCCAUCCAUCCCUCUCAACCCAUCCAUCCCUCUCAACCCAUCCAUCCCUCUCAACCCAUCCAUCCCUCUCAACCCAUCCAUCCCUCUCAACCCAUCCAUCCCUCUCAACCCAUCCAUCCCUCUCAACCCAUCCAUCCCUCUCAACCCAUCCAUCCCUCUCAACCCAUCCAUCCCUCUCAACCCAUCCAUCCCUCUCAACCCAUCCAUCCCUCUCAACCCAUCCAUCCCUCUCAACCCAUCCAUCCCUCUCAACCCAUCCAUCCCCUCAACCCAUCCAUCCCCCUCAACCCAUCCAUCCCCCAACCCAUCCAUCCCUCUCCCUCACCAUCCAUCCCCCUCAACCCAUCCAUCCCUCUCCCUCACCAUCCAUCCCCCUCAACCCAUCCAUCCCUCUCCCUCACCAUCCAUCCCCCUCAACCCAUCCAUCCCUCUCCCUCACCAUCCAUCCCUCUCAACCCAUCCAUCCCUCUCAACCCAUCCAUCCCUCUCAACCCAUCCAUCCCCCGCAACCUGUCUGCCAUUGCGAUUGCUAUCGUGCUGCUCCGCCCGUCACUCCCUCGCCCCUUCUGCACCUACUUCCUCCCCUUUCCCCCUUCCUUAA